AUGAAGUUCCAGUCACUCCUUGCAGGAGCAGCCUGCCUUCUGCCAGCCGUGUCCCUGGUGGACGCCGCAAAAACCGCCCAAUUCAGACCUCCGAACGUCGGGGACAUCAGAUUCCGAGUAAAUAUACCCACAUCCACUGCGGCCACGAAGAAAGGUCCGAUAUACUUCCAGAUUCGAGCACCCAGCAGCGUAGAAUGGGUUGGACUCGGCCAGGGCAGUGAGAUGACUGGCUCAAAUAUCUUUAUGCUAUACUCUGCAGCCACCCCCAGCAACGUUACGCUCUCUGCCCGGUCAGGAGUGGGAUAUGUCAUGCCGGAACAUAACUCUCAGACAAAUGUCACUCUUCUCAACGGCAGUGGUAUCACCGAGGGACGGAUGGUGGCUAAUGUGCGAUGCGACAACUGUCUGAAGUGGGAAGGGGGAAGUAUGGAUCCGACGGACACUGCUAGUUCAUGGAUCUGGGCUGUCAAGAUGGGCUCAUCCGUCAGAUCGAAUGAUGUCUCGAAGAGUUUGAUGAUGCACGAUACCAUGGGAGGAUUCAACCUAGAUUUGACCCAGGGUGUGGGAGACGACAAGGACGGCAACCCAUUUGGAUCCGAUAAUGCAAACACCCCUGACAAUGGCUCAGCCGGUACCGUUGUCACUGAUAGCGGACGCAUUGCGAGACGAUCCGCGCAUGGACUGAUCAUGUCAAUUCUUUUCUUGCUCAUGUUCCCGUCCUUUGCUCUGACUCUGCACCUUGUCCCCGGCAAGACCACCGUUACUCACAUCCACGCUCCGCUCCAGGUAGUCUCGCUCAUUGCCGCAGUUGUCGGGUUCGCUCUUGGAAUCAGCCUGGCACAGGAGCUGAACAAGGUCAACUCGACACAUGCCGUCAUAGGCAUCAUCAUCAUGACCUGGGUCAUCCUCCUGCAGCCAGCUCUGGGUCUACUUCAGCAUCUUCACUUCAAGAAGACUGGCACUCGUGCUGUUCACGGCAUCCUCCACGCCUGGUUGGGACGAUGCGUGUUCGUUCUUGCCGCCAUCAAUGGUGGACUGGGGCUGAAGCUGAGUGGAAUCGGAAACCCUGGUGUUCCCCGAGCCGGUGUCAUUGCGUACUGCAUCAUAGCAGCCAUCAUGACGGCAGUAUACGUCUCAGUAGUGCUGUUUAUGUCGAAGAAGCCCAAGCCAGCUGCCAACAUUGGGGCCCGCCAUCACGGUAAAGAGGGUGCUGUUGAGCUUGCCGAUAGGUACUGA